AUGGCUCAGGAGACUCCAGUUUCAACUUUAAUGAAUCUUUGCGCAGCGAAAAAAGUGCCAUGUCCCAAAUUCACUUUGAUUCACGACGGAACAGCCACUAUAAAUCCCAUCUUUAAAUAUGAAGUGUGCCUGGUGGUAAACGAGACUGAAAUAAGAGCUAUCGGUACCGGUUCUUCAAAGAAAAUGGCUAAGCAUGAUUGUUCAAGAUUGGCACUUAAGAAAAUAUCAGAAAUGAACCCAAUUCAGCCACACGUUUUAGAGGUUAUAGAAACCGAUGCAGGGAAACCUUCUACAAGAGUUCAUGAAUCAGUACAGGAGCUUAUCGAUUUUUGUCGUAAAAGAGGUUUACCAAUACCUGAAUAUACUUUGAUUGGUGAUAUAGGACCAGCUCAUGCUAAACAAUUUACUAUGCAAUGCGCUGUGUCUACUUUUAAGGAAACUGCCACUGCCUUUUCCAAGAAAUCUGCUAAGCAUUUAUCAGCUAAAAAAAUGAUGAAAAUGUUGCAGGGUAUAGAUCUUGAUGAGCAUAUCAAAAAGCAUGUUAAAGGAAAAUCAAUGAAUGAAGUGGCGUUUGCCAAAAUCAUUAAAGCAAGGACAAAAUUCUAUAACCCGAUUGUAGUAGAUAGAAUGGCGGAUUAUGAUUGUCCUUUUAAGAAAUGUGGCGAGGAAAAUUGUAAAAAAGCGUUAUCCAUUUUGAAUGACCAGUGUUUAGGAGCAGAAGAAAAAAUGAAUGCCGCUAUAAAUACUUUGAAUGUAGAUUACGAAAUCAGAGAAAUGCCAACAACAAAAAAUAGCGUAAUCUAUACAUUAACAAUAUGUGGAAUGGAGCCCGAAAUUAUCGUUAGCGAUUAUACGUUGCCAGAAUUAUACGAAAGAACAAAUAAAUAUCUGAAAGUAUUCUUGGAGUGA